AUGCCCGAUUGCAACACUGUUGCUACCACUUUGUAUAUAAAGCAAAUGCGUGCACACAAGACGCAUCUUCAAAAAGUAACAGCACAACCUAACAAAUCCAGCAAAAUGAUGAAAUUUGUCGUACUUGUCGCUGCGCUCGUCGCUAUGUCUUCCGCCAAACCAGCAUUAGUGAGUGCUCCACUAGUAGCGGCUGCACCAGCCGUAGUCACAGCAUCCAGUUCGCAGUACUACCAUCGCUACAACAGCGGCUUAGCUGCCUACGUUGCUGCACCUGCUGCCUACGUAGCACCCGCCGCUGCCCCUUACGUUGCCGCUUCGUACGCUGCUCCGUACCUCUCUGCACCAUACAUCGCUGCACCUGCUCCCCUUGUUGCUGUAUAA